AUGACCGAGCCUGAUGAAAUAUUUCUGGAAAAGGAAGCUGCGCAGAUCGAAGCAGAACUUGGUGAGGAACACCUUGUACGUAUGCUGCAGUGUUUAACUUCCAACUCACCAGAAGCCAGUCGAGGCCUUGUCGAAUUGCACACGCAGUGUCGGAAUGUCGUAUCGAAAAGGCCACCGAUCAAAACGGAGACAGAAAAGCCAAAACAGAGACGAACACCUUCACAGGGAGCGACCAGAAUGGCGAACAACCAAGCAGUAGCAUCACGUACGCAAAAGGUUCGAACAGAGAAACCGCGAAUCAUGAUAACAAAACGAACUCACACGUUGGUGCCGCACAAUGUACAGAAGAAUAUUGCAGCAUGA